AGAGUCUACACUCGACUGCCUCCGUCUUGCCGAAAAGUUAGUCCUCCCUCUAAAACCCUCCUCUCCCUCGCUCUCUGUCAGAAGAUGCUGCCAUGGCCGAUCCGGUUGCAAGCAACGGCCUCUAUUUUGCGUUCCCUUCCCGUUUUCUUCGUUUCCUCAACGCGUGGCUGUAAUUCGACCUUCCUCCGCCCGCGCCUCGUCCGACGCUGCCUUGGUGCCGCCAAGCGACGAUACUCCGCCACUUCUGCUUGCGCUUCUUCGUCUUCGCAGGAAACUCUGGUUUCUGAGCCCGUCACUCGGUCGAUUGCCAACCAGAAUUCCCUCGAGUGGGUCUCGAGGACCGAUCUCUGCGGCGAUCUGACUGUCGACGAUGUGGGAAAGAGAGUUCGCCUUUGCGGAUGGGUCGCGCUUCAUCGAAUUCAUGGUUCCGUUACGUUCCUCAACCUAAGAGAUGACUCUGGACUUGUCCAGGUCACGACGCUGCCCGAGCAGUUCCCCGAUGCACACUCUGUCGCAAUCAAGUUGAGGUUGGAGUACGUAGUUGCUGUCGAAGGUGUGGUCAGGUCUCGCCCGAGCGAGUCCGUUAAUCGGAAGAUGAAAACGGGGGAUGUAGAGGUUACUGCAGAACAUGUCCAAAUUUUGAAUCCUGUCAAAUCUGCUUUGCCUUUUCUGGUCACUACUGCUGAGGACGCUAAGGAAUUUGUGACAGAAGAGAUUCGCUUGAGGUACCGCUGUCUUGAUCUACGUCGGCAACAGAUGAAUUCCAAUUUGAUAUUGCGUCACAAUGUGGUCAAGGUCAUCAGGCGAUACCUGGAGGAUGUACACAGUUUUGUGGAGGUAGAAACCCCAAUUUUAUGCAGAUCUACACCUGAAGGUGCCAGAGAUUAUAUUGUACCAUCAAGAAUUCAGCCAGGAUCUUUUUAUGCUUUACCUCAAAGUCCACAGUUGUUUAAGCAAAUGCUGAUGGUUUCUGGGUUUGCUAAGUACUAUCAAAUUGCAAGGUGCUUCCGUGAUGAGGACUUGAGGGCAGACAGGCAGCCUGAGUUUACACAACUAGAUAUGGAGUUAGCUUUCUUUCCUUUUGAAGACAUGCUCAGACUUAAUGAAGAUUUAAUAAGACAUGUAUUUUCUGUCAUCAAAGGGAUUGAGCUUCCAAAUCCAUUUCCUAGGAUUACUUAUGCUGAAGCCAUGAGACGAUAUGGUUCAGAUCGACCAGAUCUUCGCUUUGAAUUGGAGCUUAAAGUUGUCUCUGAAGUUUUUGAGGACUCUUCUUUUAAAGUCUUUUCAGAUGCCUUGGCCAACGGGGGUAUCAUCAAAGCACUUUGUGUUCCUUGUGGUGCAAGUAAAUAUUCAAAUACAAAUCUUAAAAAGGGUGACAUUUAUUGUGAAGCAAUUAAAUCUGGGGCAAAAGGCUUGCCUUUUCUCAAGAUAUUGGAUGAUGGAAAUUUUGAAGGGAUUCCAGCUUUGGUUUCAAGUCUAGAAUCUACCAGUGGGGGGCAGUUGUUAAAAUUGUGCUCAGCAAAACCUGGGGACCUUAUUUUGUUUGCACUAGGUGAUCAUGCAUCUGUCAAUAGAACCCUCGACCGACUUCGUGUAUUUAUUGCUCAUCAAUUGGGGAUGGUUGACCACUCAAAGCAUUCCAUCCUGUGGGUGACAGACUUUCCAAUGUUUGAAUGGAACAGCUCCGAGCAAAGGUUUGAGGCUCUGCACCACCCUUUUACUGCACCAAACCCAAAGGAUAUGGACAACCUUCCUGCAGCCAAGGCUCUUGCCUAUGACAUGGUGUACAAUGGAGUUGAGAUUGGCGGGGGGAGUCUAAGGAUUUACAAGCGAGAGGUUCAAGAAAAGGUGUUGCAAGUUAUUGGUAUCACUCCUCAACAGGCUGAAGAGAAGUUUGGUUAUCUUCUAGAAGCGCUUGAUAUGGGUGCUCCUCCACAUGGGGGGAUCGCAUAUGGACUGGAUCGCCUGGUCAUGUUGUUGGCAGGUGCCAGUUCUAUAAGAGAUGUCAUUGCUUUCCCAAAGACAACAACUGCUCAGUGUUCUCUGACAAGGUCACCAUCAAGUAUCGAUCCCCAACAACUGCGAGACCUGUCUCUUACUGUUGCAUCCUAGUAGGUAAUGCAGAGAGGCCAAAAGCUGUAGCAGAUGCUUGGUCUGGAUAUAACCUUCCCAGUUGCCCCAUGUUGUGCUGAAAUCAGUAUGACUUGGAUUUCAGGUACUCUUGAUACACCAGAAGUAUGAUCUGAUGCGUAAAAUUUGUUUUGAUUUCUCAGAGUAUUGUUGGAACGGGUUAGAAAAUUUUGGAAGGAUUGGGGAAGCAUAGAAUGCGGUUGAUAUAGUUAACCUGUGAUAUUUUAGCACCAGUUGAAUUGAUAAGGUGCUUUUCGAAUUGUAUAUGAAGAUGCAACGUUUUGAGCUCAUCUAUUCAUUUGUUGAACUAA